GUCGCCGAAAAAGAAAAAAAAGAAUUUGAAGGGGAGAGGUGCUCCACCUCAAACCCCACCACCCCAAUCCCAAUCUAUGAAAAAGAUUUAUGUGAGAUUGAAAAAGCUGUCAUAAAGUCCUUCCCUUUCUUUGCCAGGCUUUGCAUUUCUGUCUACCUGCUUCCUUCAAGAAUUGUCUUUUUUGAACUUGAAGUAGAGAACAAGGAAGAGUUGACCAUCUCCUGGGAAAAAAAAAUUAGUUAGAAAUGAGUGCAACCAGAUUCAUCAAGUGUGUGACUGUGGGUGAUGGUGCUGUUGGAAAAACUUGCAUGUUGAUCUCUUACACCAGCAACACAUUUCCUACGGAUUAUGUUCCGACUGUUUUUGAUAACUUCAGCGCUAAUGUAGUUGUGGAUGGUAAUACUGUAAACCUGGGACUCUGGGAUACUGCAGGCCAGGAGGAUUAUAAUAGAUUAAGACCCUUGAGUUAUCGUGGAGCUGAUGUUUUCCUUCUAGCCUUUUCUCUCAUUAGCAAGGCUAGCUACGAAAAUAUUGCCAAGAAGUGGAUUCCUGAGUUGAGGCAUUACGCGCCAGGUGUUCCAAUCAUUCUUGUUGGAACGAAGCUUGAUCUUAGAGAUGAUAAACAGUUCUUCAUCGAUCAUCCAGGAGCAGUUCCGAUAACUACAGCUCAGGGGGAGGAACUCAAGAAGCUAAUUGGAGCUCCUGCGUACAUUGAGUGCAGCUCGAAAACACAACAGAAUGUGAAGGGUGUGUUUGAUGCAGCCAUUAAAAUAGUACUGCAGCCGCCAAAACAGAAGAAGAAAAAGAAGGGGCACAGAGGCUGCUCCAUUUUGUAAUAUACUAUUGCUUAACCUUAACCCAAGGCUUGUGGAGAAACCACAUUAUAGUCUAUCUCAUUUAACGCUUCGUCUUAUUCCAUCACUUA